GAGCUUAUUGUUCUCAUUUAAAUUUUGUGGAGACGAAGGAAGAUGUUAUUAUGUUGUUGUACUGUCAGUUUCUUAUUUGUGGGUUUUAUUGCAGCUAUUUAUCGAAUAAAGGCUAUAAAACAAUUCUUUUCAGAACUAAUGCACUACCACUAUUAAUAAAAGGUAAUUUUUCUAUUUUUUCCAGUUAUUUCGUGUUAUUUUCUAAGCUGCCAAUCCUUGCAAACCAAUUUGUGUUGUCGCUUAUUUGUAUGUAAGCUAAGUAGAUAGGUAGCUAAUACUACUAAUAUCCACGAAAUUUUAUACAAUUUAAAUGUAAUAAUCUUCGCUUGUGAUUAAGGUAGAAAACUAGAUAUAAAUGAACAAAUAAAUAUUACAAACUUUACACUCAUUGUUUAUGCUAAAAAGAUUAUAGUUAGCUCUAUAUUUUUGUGUUCAUGAUUGUAUUUUUGUCGAAGAUGUCAAGUUUAAAUCGUCCUAAUGGUGGUAGACCUUCAAUGAAAGAUUAUUAAAAGAGAUCAGGAUGAUGCCAUCAUGAAUAAACGACCUAAAAUUGAAAAUUACUUUUUUGUUACAUCGAAACCACCACAUGUGAUAUUCCAACAGCUUCAUCUUCUAGUAUAUGUGACCAAGUUAUGUUGGAUGAUGUGAUAUUGUUGUGGACCAGCCUGAAAGCAUUGAUGGAAAGUUAAUAAAACGGUUUAAUGAAUUGGAUGGUUAUAACAAUGUACUUUUGAAAAAGAUAGAAAACUAUGAACAGGAGUUGAUCUAACAGUGCAUUAAGGUAAAGGAUUAUGAAAUUUCCCAAUUGAAAAGUCGUCUGUCUGAUAUUGAAAAAACUGCAUCUCAGUUUGAAAAAAAUAGAAGCAGCACAACAUUUAUCACCAGCUGCCUCAAUUAUAACAUCUUUAGUGGACAAUGGAGACAUCUCCCCAUUACAUAUUGGUCUUAUAAAAACCUUUGCUACCGAUAUAAGCAAAGGGUCGAAAAGAUUUUCAAUUGUUUGUCAGAAAACUUACAUGGUCCCUGUGUUUUAAUUGUCAUGGGAAUCUGUUGCUGCUGCAGUUGCUUUUUUGAAUCCAAAUACUCACAUGUAUACCGAGGGUAAUAAAUUUGUAAUUUUUUCAUAAUUUUAACUAUAAUGCUUUUUGGUAUCAGGUUUAGAAUAAGUAGAUGGAUUAUUUUUUUCAUAUUUUAUUUUUCUGUGAAAUUCUUGCAUUUUUUAAUUAGGUGUUACUGUGGAUACAUCAUCACUUUUACGAGGAGAUAAAAACUUGAUUGAUAUAGGAAAUAUAAAUCCUGUGAAUUGUAUGAUUGGUGAGACAGCGACAAAAAUAAUAAUUGAAUUUAAUCAAUAUGACAUGAAGUUAUAUGGAUUGCCAGCUAUGCCCCGAUAUGUGCUAGUCCGAAAUAUCACUAGUGAAAAUCUUGAUAUAGAGAAUUUAUUGCAUGGUAUACCAGUGCAGUAUGGCAAAAAAAAACUCGAAAACAUUUAAUUGGUACACAUGUUAUCAAUGCUCAAUUUGAGACAUACGAAGGCUGGCGAACAGCAUUAAACAAAAAUGGGCAAUAUGGUGUAACUGUCGAAUCAAUACCAACAUUUCCAUUGAUAUCACCUGAUAAUUCUAAAUGUGAUAUUGUAGUAUCGAAGUAUUUGCAGAAUCAAUAGCACUAAAUUGGCCGAGAUCCACAUACGUAUACUCCCUGACUGUCGGCCAAACAGCUGUAGAUGUUCCGUUGUAUGAAGUAGCAGCAAUCAGUACAAACAAUCGCUAUUUGCAAAACCAGGUAAUUCUUUUAAAUAGUAUGCAUCGUCCUUCACAUUGUAUUUGCAUUUAAAUUUCUAUUAAAAAUUUAAGGUUUGUUUCUCAUGCGUAUGGAUUUUUGUUGAAUUGUUUUGUAUGAUCAUAAGCUUCAGAAAUACAACUUCAUGAAGAUGUUAAACAGAAACCAUGUGCCUGUGUUUCAAUUUGUUGCUGAUGGAGAUUCUAGAUUUAGAAGCCAGAUGUUGCAAAUAUCAGCAUAUGAGUACAAAGAUACAACAGUUAUACACAUGUCAAAUUGGAUGUACCGUUGUGACUGCAAGACAUUUGUAACAGCAGCGGUUGGGUCAUGCCUGUUAUGCAGGUAGAAGAAUUGUUCCACUACAUUGUUCCAUCCAACGAAUUGAAGCGAGGAAGCUAUGCUAAACAUCUGUUAAGUGAACCUCAGAUCCCAUUCAGUCCAGACAACGGAACCGUUGUGGAGUUUUAAUUGGAAUACGAUGCUUGACAGAUGUUUUUCCGUCAUAUGCUUCAUUUCUUGGAGAUCUUCCAAGAACUUGCACACAGGACCAAUGCCACUGGCUGCGCAAGCUUGUUAAAAGUUCCACUUUAUCUACAAAGCCACUUAGACUUGAAAUUUUGUUGUAGCCUUCAGCCAUUUAUGUCGUGUUUAUGAAAUGGGACCAGACUUUGGUCUGACACGACGUGAUGUUGACAUCAACAACAAAACCGAAUUAACUUGAAUUUUCAAAACUGGGAAUGAGUAAUCUCCUUUAAAAUGAAGAAUUUCAUCAAGUCAUUUCACCACAGAUGAGAUUGAAAAAACUUAAAGGACAGUUUCCUCAAGAUGGUGUUCCAGACUUUUUGAACAUUGAUGUUGUUAACGUAGAAAUGGAAGUACCAGUAAUUACUGGUAAUUUGGAACGUGGAACAACAGUGCGAUCCAUUCGUCCACCAACUGUCCCCGUUCUCAAUAUGGAUGUUAAGAGAACAACAGUAAGUAAGAUGUCACCAUUCACAAACAACGUGGCGAUAAAAAAACAGUCUGAUCAGCACAACGUCGUGCGCUUACGCUCGGAAGAUGACCAACAUAUUGAUUAUCAAGAUAAGAAUCUAACGCAAAUGUUGAGGUUAUUUGAGUUGUGUAUCGAAAGGUUUCGGAUGAUAUAUUUUAUGCUGAGCCAAAAAUUUAUCAGAAAAAAUUAUGUGGCACUUAGACGUACAUUUUACAAGAAACUGGACAUGAUUAAAACAUUCUAUAAUGAUAUAAAGAAGUUUACUCAGAUCAGGAGAGAUGAAGAUCGAUGCAUCGAUGGAGAGGGUGAAGAGCUUAAUGGUGACCAAAAUGGCGACCAAAAUGGCAUUUAUUGUUUCUGCCUAUUUGAUGAUGCUGAUGAACAAGAAUCCAUAUUGUGCGGAAAUUCCACUUGUCGGAUUAAGUGGUACCAUCUGACAUGUGUGGGCUUAACCUCAAACACAGUUCCAUUGGGUGUGUGGGAAUGUGCGAUAUGCCGUGAAGAGGAUCAUUGGUGUACAUGUGGUAAUAAAGAGAGUUAUGGUGAAAUGACUGGUUGUUCAAGGUACGAAGCGUGCAAAAUCGAAUGGUUUCACCUGAAGUGCGUAAAAUUAUAUUGUUUGCUUCAGGGCACUUGGUACUGUGAUUGUAUUCGUAAUGGUGAAUUCAAAGAAGAUCAUGGUCCGCAAUAUUGUAUUUGCUAUCGUUCAGCAAAUGUUCAUGAAAUUGUAAAGUGUGCAAAUAGAAGUUGCGAUUGUUGUGUGAGAAAUUCCACUCAAAAUUGGGAGGACUGGCUUUGUGAAAAUUGUAUAUAGAAAUUUUUAUUGUCUUUCUGAAAAAUAUUAUAUUUUAAUA